UUUUAAACCAUUACAAGCAAUUCCUUCAAAUUAUUCAGGAGUAAAGUUGAGAAGCACUUUUGCUGAAAACACCCGGUUAAAGUCUGAAUGGUUUGUCCCAACUUCCAAAACGAAAGCAAAUUUCAGUUUCCUGUUUAGCAGAAGAACGCCCAACGAGAAAUGUCCGCUUUUGCCCAAAACUGCGUCACAAAAUACGAAAGAUAAAAUUCAGUGAAGAAGAUAAAACUCAUCAGAUGAUCCACAUGUGAAGCUAUGAGCACCACACAGACAUCUACUGAAGGAGAUUCAUCUCCAGAAUCCAGUUUAUUGGAGAAUAUGAGAUCAGAGUCACCAAAGCCCAGCUGUGUGUCCAUGAAGAGUGACCGCUCAAUGAAUCCUCCAUUGCAAAUUAACGAUGAAGACAUUCAAGUUCUUCAAAAUUUAUUGGAGAAGAUGAGAUUAGAGUCAUCAGAGCCCAGUUUUGUGUCCAUGAAGAGUGACCGCUCAAUGAAUCCUCCAUUGCAAAUUAAAGAUGUAGACAUUCAACUUCUCCACAGUUUAUUGGAGAAGAUGAGAUUAGAGUCAUCAGAGCCCGGCUGUGUGUCCAUGAAGAGUGACCGCUCAAUGAAUCCUCCAUUGCAAAUUAAAGAUGUAGACAUUCAACUUCUCCACAGUUUAUUAAAACAGAUGAGAUCAGAGUCAUCAGAGCCCAGCUGUGUGUCCAUGAAGAGUGACCGCUCAAUGAAUCCUCCAUUGCAAAUUAAAGAUGUAGACAUUCAACAACUUCAAAGUUUAUUAAAACAGAUGAGAUUAGAGUCACCAGAGCCCAGCUGUGUGUCCAUGAAGAGUGACCGCUCAAUGAAUCCUCCAUUGCAAAUUAAAGAUGUAGACAUUCAACUUCUUCAAAGAUUAGACCAAACAGAUGCUGAACAUGAGGACAUAAACACUCUACAGGGGCAGAUGACGAAUGACACCUUUAAAAGAAAUCUGAGGAAGAAGUAUCAGUGUUUAUGUGAGGGAAUAUCAAAGCAGGGAAACCCAACACUACUGAAUGAGAUCUACACAGAGCUCUACAUCACAGAGAGUGAAAGUGGAGAGAUCAGUAAUGAACAUGAGGUGAGACAGAUUGAGACACAAUCCAGAAGAACAACAACAGAGGAGACACCAAUCAAAUGUAAUGACAUCUUUAAACCUUUACCUGAACAACACAAACACAUCAGAAGUGUGAUGACAAAGGGAGUCGCUGGCAUUGGAAAAACAGUCUCUGUACAGAAGUUCAUUCUGGACUGGGCUGAAGAGAAAGAGAAUCAGGACGUCCACCUCAUAUUUCCACUUCCUUUCAGAGAGAUCAAUUUGAUGAAGGACAAAACACUCAGUCUUUUAGAUCUUCUUCAUCUUUUCUUCCCAGAGACAAAAGAAAUGGAAAUCUUCAGUGAUGAAUAUAAAGUGUUGUUCAUCUUUGAUGGUUUGGAUGAGUGUCGUCUGUCUCUGGAUUUUCACAGCAGUGUGAGGUUGUGUGAUGUACGUGAAUCAACCUCAGUGGACGUGAUGCUGACAAACCUCAUCGAGGGGAAUCUGUUUCCCUCUGCUCUCAUCUGGAUCACCUCCAGACCAGCAGCAGCUGAUCUCAUCCCCUCUGAGUGUGUUGAUCGAGUCACAGAGGUACGAGGCUUCAGUGAUCCACAGAAGGAGAAAUACUUCAGGAAGAGAAUCAGUGAUGAGAGUCUGUCUGAUCAAAUCAUCUCACACCUGAAGUCAUCCAGGAGUCUCUACAUCAUGUGUCACAUCCCAGUCUUCUGCUGGAUUUCAGUCACUGUUCUAGAGAGAAUAUUGAGUGAAGCAGAGAGAAGAGAGAUCCCCAAGACUCUCACUCAAAUGUACACACACUUCUUGAUCCUUCAGACAAACAUCAAACAUCAAAAGGACUAUGAGAAGAAAGUGAAAGAUAAAGACUUAAUCUUUAAACUGGGUAAACUGGCUUAUGAGCAGCUUGUGAAAGGCAAUCUGAUCUUCUAUGAUGAAGACCUGAGAGAUUGUGGCAUUGAUGUAGCAGAAGCAUCAGUUUACUCAGGAUUGUGUACUCAGAUCUUAAGAGAGGAGUUUGGUUUGUAUCAGGGGAAAGUUUACAGCUUUGUUCAUCUGAGCAUCCAGGAACAUCUUGCAGCUCUUUAUGUGCAUUUCUUUGUUAUAAACACACAGCUGAUCGCUGACAACAUUUUGCAGUUUAAUUUAUCUAACGUGCACUGGAAUGCUGUGGAUGAGGCUCUUCAGAGUAAAAAUGGACAUUUUGAUCUUUUUCUUCGUUUUUUUCUGGGUUUGUCAGUGGAGAUGAAUCAGAAUCUCAUACGAGGUUUGAUGACACAGACAGAUCACAGCUCUCACAGCAGUGAGAAAACAAUCAAAUACAUCAAACAGAAGAUCAGUGAGGAUCUUUCACCAGAGAAAUUCAUCAAUCUGUUUCACUGUCUGAAUGAACUGGGUGAUCGUUCACUAGUUGAGGAAAUCCAACAUUAUGUUAAAUCUAAUACAUUAAAUAAAACUAAACUCUCUUCAUCUCAGUGGUCAGCUGUAGCUUUUGUGUUGUUGACAUCAGAACAGAAGCUGGAUGAGUUUAAUCUAAAGGAGUUUGUUGAUGUAGAAGAUUAUGAAAAUGAAGAUGCACCACUGAAAGUUCUUCAGAAGUUAUCACCUGUGAUUUGUGAAUCCAGAUCAGUUCAAUUGAGUGGUUGUAAUAUCACGGAUGAAGGUUUUGUUGCCCUGUCUUCAGCUCUGAGAUCAAACCCAUUAUAUCUUAGAGAUCUGAAUCUGUCUGAUAAUAAUCUUGAAGAUUCAGGAGUGAAGCUGAUCUCUGAUGUACUGAAGAAUCCUCAAUGUAAACUGGAGAUACUGAGGUUAAGUAAGUGCAAUAUCAAAGAUGAAGGUUGUGUUGCUCUGACUUCAGCUCUGAGAUCAAACCCAUCACACCUGAGAGAACUGAAUCUGUCUAAUAAUAAUCUUGGAGAUUCAGGAGUGAAGCUGAUCUCUGAUGUACUGAAGAAUCCUGACUGUAAACUACAGAAACUGGAGUUGAGGAGGUGUAAUAUCACACAUGAAGGUUGUGUUGCUCUGACUUCAGCUCUGACAUCAAACCCAUCACACCUGACACAUCUGGAUCUGUGUGAAAAUAAUAUUGGAGAUUCAGGAGUAAAGCUGAUCUCUGAUGUACUGAGGAAUCCUGACUGUAAACUGGAGAUACUGAGGUUGCAUUCUUGUAAUAUCACAGAUGAAGGUUGUGCUGCUGUGACUUCAGCUCUGACAUCAAACCCAUCACACCUGAGAGAUCUGGAUCUGUCUAGGAAUAAACUUACAGAUUCAGGAAUGAAGCUGAUCUCUGAUGUACUGAAGAAUCCUGACUGUAAAUUGGAGAAACUAUGGUUGAGGGAGUGUAAUAUCACAGAUGAAGGUUGUGUUGCUCUGACUUCAGCUCUGAAAUCAAACCCAUCAGACCUGAUAGAUCUGGAUCUGUCUGGGAAUAAUCUUGGAGAUUCAGGAGUGAAGCUGAUCUCUGAUGUACUGAAAAAUCCUCAGUGUAAACUGGAGAAACUGAAGUUGAAGCAGUGUAAUAUCACAGCUAAAGGUUGUGUUGAUCUGACUUCAGCUCUGAUAUCAAACCCAUCACACCUGAGAGAGCUGGAGCUGUCACUGAAUAAUCUUGGAGAUUCAGGAGUGAAGCUGAUCUCUGAUGUACUGAAGAAUCCUCAAUGUAAACUGGAGAUACUGUGGUUGAGGGAUUGUAAAAUCACAGAUGAAGGUUGUGCUGAUUUGUCUUCAGCUCUGACAUUAAACCCAUCACACCUGAAAACAUUCAGUCUGUGGGGAAAUACUAUUGGAGAUUCAGGAGUGAAGCUGAUCUGUGAUGUACUGAAGAAUCCUGACUGUAAACUAGAGAUGCUGUGGUUGUUUGAAUGUAAUAUCACAGCUGAAGGUUGUGAUGCUCUGGCUUCAGCUCUGAGAUCAAACCCAUCAUAUCUGAGAUAUCUGGAUCUGAGUAAUAAUAAACUAGGAGAAGCAGGAGUGAAGCUGCUCACUGAUAUAAGGGAUGAUCCACAGUAUAAACUGGAGUCAUUAAUUGAGACGUUUACAAUAGAAGGAAAAAGAUCUGAGUCACCAGACCCCAGCUGUGUGUCCAUGAAGAGUGCUGGGUCUAUGAAUCAACCAAUGAAAUUUAAAGGUGAAGACAGUCAACCUGACCACAGUUUAUUGAAGAAGAUGAGAUCAGAGUCACCAGAGCCCAGCUGUGUGUCCAUGAAGAGUGAUGGGUCUAUGAAUCAACCAAUGAAAUUUAAAGGUGUAGACAGUCAACCUCACAUCAGUUUAUUGAAGAAUAUGAGACCAGAGCCCAGCAUUGUGUCCAUGAAGAGUGAUGGGUCUAUGAAUCAACCAUUGAAAUUUAACGGUGUAGAUGGUCAACCUCACAUCAGUUUAUUGAAGAAGAUGAGAUCACCAGAGCCCAGCUGUGUGUCCAUGAAGAGUGAUGGGUCUAUGAAUCAACCAAUGAAAUUUAACGGUGUAGACAGUCAACCUCGCAUCAGAUUAGACCAAACAGAGGCUGAACAUGAGGACAUAAACACUCUACAGGAGCUGAUGAGGAAUGACACCUUUAAAAUAAAUCUGCUGAGGAAGUAUCAGUGUUUAUGUGAGGGAAUAUCAAAGCAGGGAAACCCAACACCACUGAAUGAGAUCUACACAGAGCUCUACAUCACAGAGAGUGAAAGUGGAGAGAUCAGUAAUGAACAUGAGGUGAGACAGAUUGAGAGACAAUCCAGAAGAACAACAACAGAGGAGACACCAAUCAAAUGUAAUGACAUCUUUAAACCUUUAACUGAACAAGACAAACACAUCAGAAGUGUGCUGACAAAGGGAGUCGCUGGCAUUGGAAAAACAGUCUCUGUACAGAAGUUCAUUCUGGACUGGGCUGAAGAGAAAGAGAAUCAGGACGUCCACCUCAUAUUUCCACUUCCUUUCAGAGAGAUCAAUUUGAUGAAGGACAAAACACUCAGUCUUUUAGAUCUUCUUCAUCUUUUCUUCCCAGAGACAAAAGAAAUGGAAAUCUUCAGUGAUAAAUAUAAAGUGUUGUUCAUCUUUGAUGGUUUGGAUGAGUGUCGUCUGUCUCUGGAUUUUCACAGCAGUGUGAGGUUGUGUGAUGUAAGUGAAUCAACCUCAGUGGACGUGAUGCUGACAAACCUCAUCAAGGGGAAUCUGUGUCCCUCUUCUCUCAUCUGGAUCACCUCCAGACCAGCAGCAGCUGAUCUCAUCCCCUCUGAGUGUGUUGAUCGAGUCACAGAGGUACGAGGCUUCAGUGAUCCACAGAAGGAGGAAUACUUCAGGAAGAGAAUCAGUGAUGAGAGUCUGUCUGAUCAAAUCAUCUCACACCUGAAGUCAUCCAGGAGUCUCUACAUCAUGUGUCACAUCCCAGUCUUCUGCUGGAUUUCAGUCACUGUUCUAGAGAGAAUAUUGAGUGAAGCAGAGAGUCAAGAGAUCCCCAAGACUCUCACUCAAAUGUACACACACUUCCUGAUCAUUCAAACAAACAUCAAACAUCAGAAGGACUAUGAGAAGAAAGUGAAGGAUGAAGACAUAAUCUUUAAACUGGGGAAACUGGCAUAUGAGCAGCUUGUGAAAGGCAGUGUGAUCUUCUAUGAUGAAGACCUGAGAGAGUGUGACAUUGAUGUAACAGAAGCAUCAGUGUACUCAGGAUUGUGUACUCAGAUCUUCAGAGAGGAGUUUGGUUUGUAUCAGGGGAAAGUUUACAGCUUUGUUCAUCUGAGCAUUCAGGAACAUCUAGCAGCUCUUUAUGUGCACCUCAACUUCAUAAACAAUCGCACACAGCUGUUCCCUGACAACCUUUUGCAGUUUAAUUUGUCUAACUUACAUCAGAACGCUGUGGAUGAGGCUCUACAGAGUAAAAAUGGACAUCUGGAUCUUUUUCUUCGUUUUCUUUUGGGUUUGUCAGUGGAGUCGAAUCAGAAUCUCAUACGAGGUUUGAUGACACAGGCAGAUCUCAGCUUUCACAGCAAUGAGAAAAUAAUCAAAUACAUCAAACAGAAGAUCAGUGAUAAUCUUUCACCAGAGAAAUUCAUCAAUCUGUAUCACUGUCUGAAUGAACUAGGUGAUCGUUCACUGCUGAAUGAAAUCCAACAUCAUCUGAAAUCUGGAACAUUAAAUGGAGUCAAACUCUCUUCAUCUCAGUGGUCAGCUUUAGCUUUUUUGUUUUUGACAUCAGAACAGAAGCUGGAUGAGUUUAAUCUGAAAGAGUUUGUAGAUGUAGAAGAUUAUGUAAAUGAAUAUGAACUUCAGAAGCUGUCGCCUGUGAUUUGUGAAUCCAGAUCCGUUAAGUUGAGGGAGUGUAAUAUUACAGAUAAAGGUUGUGUUGCGCUGACUUCAGCUCUGAGAUCAAACCCAUCACAACUGAAACUUCUGGAUCUGUCUUAUAAUAAUAUUGGAGAUUCAGGAGUAAAGCUGAUCUCUGAUGUACUGAAGAAUCCUCAAUGUAAACUGGAGAUACUGAGGAUGAUUAAGUGUAAUAUCACAGAUGAAAAUUGUGCAGCUCUGACUUCAUCUCUGGGAUCAAACCCAUCAUACCUGAGAGAUCUGGAUCUGUCUGUGAAUAAUCUUGGAAAUUCAGGAGUGAAGCUGAUCUCUGAUGUACUGAAGAAUCCUCAAUGUAAACUGGAGAUACUGUGGUUGUGGAGUUGUAAAAUUACAGAUGAAGGUUGCGUUGCUCUGACUUCAGCUCUGAGAUCAAACCCAUCACACCUGAGAGAACUGAAUCUGGCCAAGAAUAACAUUGGAGAUUCGGGAGUGAAGUUGAUCUCUGAUGUACUGAAGAAUCCUGACUCUAAACUAAAGAUAAUGAAGAUGUGGGGAUUUAAUAUCACAGCUGAAGGUGAUGCUGUUCUGACUUCAAACCCCUUACAUGUGACAAAACUUGACAAUAUUAAUGUAGGUGAUUCAGAAGUGAAGCUGAUCUCUGAUGUACUGAAGAAUCCUGACUGUAAACUAGAGAAACUGGACUUGGGUAGAUGUAAUAUCACAGAUGAAGGUUGUGUUGCUCUGUCUUCAGCUCUGACAUCAAACCCAUCACUCCUGAGAGAACUGAAUCUGUGGAGGAAUAAUAUUGGAGAUUCAGGAGUGAAGCUGAUAUCUCAUGUACUGAAGAAUCCUCAAUGUAAACUGGAGAAACUGUGGUUGAGGGAGUGUAAUAUCACAGCUGAAGGUUGUGUUGAUCUGACUUCAGCUCUGAGAUCAAACCCAUCACACCUGAGAGAGCUGGAUUUGGUUUUGAAUAAUCUUGAAGAUUCAGGAAUGAAGCUGAUCUCUGAUGUACUGAAGAAUCCUCAAUGUAAACUGGAGAAUUUGUGGUUGACUUAUUGUAAAAUCACAGCUAAAGGUUGUGCUGAUCUGACUUCAGCUCUGACAUUAAACCCAUCACACCUGAAAAAAAUCAGUCUGUGGGGGAAUAAAAUCAGAGAUUCAGGAGUGAAGCAGAUCUGUGAUGUACUGAAGAAUCCUCAAUGUAAACUGGAGUUCCUGGAGUUGAUAAAUUGUAAUAUCACAGAUGAAGGUUGUGUUGCUCUGACUUCAGCUCUGAGAUCAAACCCAUCACACCUGAGACUUCUGGAUCUGCGUAAUAAUAAACUAGGAGAAACAGGAGUGAAGCUGCUCACUGAUAUAAGGAAUGAUCCACCUUAUAAACUGGAGACAUUAAUGAUGGAACCACACUUCAUCGAACCACAAUUGUUCAAUGAUCCGAGACGCUUUGAUAUUUUCUGGCCUUAGUAAUAUCUUAUGUCUGAGUGUUAUAUUUGUGUGCUCACACUCAUAUUAUCAUAAUAUCUCUUACUGUUGUUCUUACUGAAAAUGUAACUUGAGUAGAAGCAUACAGUUGUGUUACAUUUCAUUUAUUUCCUUUCAUUUAUUACAGUAUUGCAUUUAGUUUAAUGUCCAUAUUCGUAUCCAUAUAUAUAUACUAACACUUACAAAGUUUAAUUAUUCAUUGUAUUAUAUUUUAUUACUGUUUAAUGUUAUGUUGCUUCAGUAUUAAGUACAUGAAACCGAUAAGGAAAUAUAUCAGUCUCAAGAGCAAUGUACAAUAACACCUGAUGAAUCUGUUACUGAUCAGACAAAGUCAGACUAUCGAAAGUGUAACUAUCCACUGUCAUUUAUCGGAAAUAAAUAAGUGUUUAUAUAGAAAGUUUAUAAUUAGCAUGCGUUUCUAAACUGCAAAUGUUAACAUUUAAGUGAUUUUAAAAUUUGGGUGCAAGAGAGGCGUCUUACAAAAAGCAGAAUCUUACUGCUCUUAACAGACACAUACACACAAAAUAAAUCUGCUUGUGUUUCUGUCAUUAUGUUCAUCAAAUAACAGAAGACAAACAGAAAUCACGUCUCUAGCUUUUAAAGAUCAAUUAUAUUUAUUAUAUUAAUUAUUUACUUAUGUUUCUAUUCAUAACUAUUACUAUUUAGGCAACUUUAUUUGUAACUUUGUUUUUUGUAGUUUCAUAUGUUUGUAAUUUUACUUUCCUCACCCCCCUGUUUGGAAAGUAUUCAAUCCGGGACUCGUAAACCUUGACAGGUAACAAUACAGGUUACAAUACAAUACAGGUAACAAUACAGGUUAAUACAGGUAACAGGGACUUGGUACCUGUAUUAAAGGAGUAGUCCACUGUAAAGAUGGGGUCCAUUGACUGUUCAUAGUAGGAGAAAAAUAUACUAUGGUAAGUCAAUGGGCCCCAUCUAUAAAGUGGACUACUCCUUUAACCACUAUAGUCCAGGCGUCUUAGGAAAAAAGGGUGAACAAAUUGCAACAGAACUCAACUGAUUUUGUAUCCUCCAUAUGUUCUGAGUAAGGAAAAAAGCCCUGAAGAAUCCCAUUAGGGGAACGUUCCGAAAAAUACCUAAAUAUAUCCUAUUCAUACGCCUAUUCAUUCUUUUUCUCACAUGAAUAGGGUCAGGACUAGCCUGACGUUGUCAUACUCAAUUCUAGUCAGAAUCAGAUCUUCCCCGUUUUUCAAAUGUGGUGGGCGGGGCUAAGAUCGGCUGGCACCCAGGCUAGGUCAGGACAUAUUGAGGAUUAAAAAUCAGUUGAGUUUGAUUCUGUUGCAAUUUGUUCACGGUUGACCCCAAUUUUGAUUAAAACGCCUGUACUACUACAUUUUUUAUGAGAUUUAGUGCUUAAUGCAAGAACUAGAUCUAAACCUUACAAUCUGUAACAUCUAACAUUUGUAUUGACAUAGGCAUAUAUGUCACUUUAUAUAUGACUAUAUUGUGCGUGUUGUUUUCUGCCUUUGACUAUAUCACGUAUUUGAGUGUCAGGGCCUGAAAUUUGUUUUUAAAAAUAUUUACCUCUUAGAUGACUUAGAUGAGGGGUUUUAUAAACAGAUGUAAAAGAAACAUUUCUCCAUCUUUAGGGGGAGAUAGUUUAUGUAUUUGUAUUGGAGCUUUUUUAAUAUUGUUUUAAAGCAGAUUUACAAAGAAGUGCCUAACAAACCUUCAUGAACAAGUCAUAUGUAAAACCAUUAUGAUCUUUCUGUUAGCCGCUUUUUUCCAGCAACAUAAUGCGGUCAUGCUGAUUUAUAUUCAUGUUGUUGUUUUUUGUGUCAUGUAUGCAAAUAUUUACCAUUGAUAACUAACUAGCAGUAAGUUUAGCAAAAAAGACAAUUCUCACAAGUUGUGUGUUACAAAUGUCUCUUGAGAUGUAAUGCUAUGAUUUUUCUUAGAAUUAAGAUCAUAUACCAAUGACAUCACUGCAUAUUUAAUCAUUUGCAUAACCAUUACUUAAUACCAUGUAAGGAAAUUAUGCACUUUUGAAGUUUUAAUAGGUUGUUUGACGAUGCCUAUAAUAAUCUGCUUGUAUAAAGAAAUAAAGUCAUUCAGACUGAAAUGUA